CAAUACUAUAUUCCUCCGACAGUUCGAUCGACACCACGCUACAGUUCAUCCGGAUCUCGCCCGGUGGCCGCCGUGCCGUGGUCAAGAAACGAGCAAGGCACAUAUGGCGUCCGAGCUAGCCGCCCUCGCCGUGGUCUCGGCCGCCGCGUUUGGGGCCAUGGCCUACGCGCGCCUCGCCACCGCGUGCCUGGCCCCCGGCAUCCCCCGCCUCGCGGCGCUCCUCCCUGUGCUUCUUCUCCUCCCUGUCCUCCCCUUCGCCUUUUCCUCCAUCCUCCUCCGCACCGUCUCCGCCUUCUUCCUUGUCUGGCUCUGCGGCUUCAAGCUCCUCCUCCUCGCCGCCGGGAACGGGCCGCUCCACCCCGCGCUCCCGCUCGUCCGCUUCUUCGCGUGCGCCGCGCUGCCCGUCAAGGUCCGGGACGAGAAGCAGCCAUCCCGCGGCUCGCCCCCUUCCUCCGAGUUCUUCUUGCUGUCCUUUGCGUCCAAGGCGGCUCUUUUCGCCGUGCUCGUUUCGCUCCGGCGCUUCAGGGCGCGGAUGCCCGCGUACGCCGUGCCCGCGUUCGACGGCGCGCACGUCUACCUGAUGCUCGAGCUUUUCCUCGCAUCCGCCGCGGCGCUCGCUCGUGCACUGCUGGGCGCGGAGCUGGAGCCGCAGUUCGAUCGGCCGUACCUCGCCUCCUCCCUCCGCGACUUCUGGGGCCGCCGGUGGAACCUCAUGGUCCCCGCCGUGCUCCGGCCCUGCGUGUACCACCCCGCGCGCGCCCGCUUCGGCGCCCCCGCCGGCGUGCUCGCGGCGUUCCUCGUGUCAGGGCUCAUGCACGAGGUCAUGUUCUACUACAUCACGCUGGAGCCCGGGACGGGGGAAGUUGUCGCGUUCUUCGCGCUGCACGGCGCGUGCGCUGUGGCCGAGGGGUGGUGCGCGGCGUGGCAGAGCCAGAGCGGCCUGUGGUGGUGGCGGCCGCCGCGCCCCGUGGCGACGGCGCUCACGCUGGCGUUCGUGACGGGGACCGCGUCGUGGCUCUUCUUCGCGCCCGUGAUCCGGAGCGGGCUGGACAAGGCCAUCGUCGCGGAGUGCGAGGGGAUGUUCGCGUUCUUGGAGGGGACUGGCCGGAACCUGACCGCCGCGACGACGCGUUUGGUUUGGUCGCACAGGUAAUUUGGUCAUGUCUGUCCCGCCGUACUGAUUUGGUUUCAUCA